UGGGUGGGUGGCUUUAUUAUUAUUAUUAAAAAGAACCUUUUCAAUUAUUAAUUUAUAACUAUUAAGUAACAGCUGAGGAAAUACCUUUUAUGAUACGGAAGAAAGCAGCAAGGACAAAAAAAAGCCUAUUUUCCUGAGCCUUUCGUGUGUGUGUGUGUGUGUGUGUAUUUGGGGGGGGGGCUAUCUUAAAUUUAUAAAUCAAAACUAUUUUCAUAAAGAUCCAAAAUGUCAUCAUUUGCAAAAGAUUUUAGCAAAGCGAUGUCUCAGGCCGGUACUUCCCAAUUCCAGGAAGCAAUUAGACAAGAACUGGAAUAUUCCAUGAAAGUGGAACUGGACAAAAUACUCGCAACAGCACCACAGAAUGAAGUAGAGCACACUAAGAAAGACCUUGAAGGGUUUAAGAAGCUUUUUCACAGAUUCUUACAAGAAAAGGGACCUUCUGUGGACUGGGAGAAGAUUCAGAGACCUCCAGAAGAUUCUAUUCAGCCCUAUGAGAAGAUAAAAGCAAGAGGAUUACCUGAUAGUAUUGCUUCAGUUUUAAACAAGUUAGUUGUAGUGAAACUCAAUGGCGGUUUGGGUACCAGUAUGGGAUGCAAAGGUCCAAAAAGCCUCAUUGGUGUGAGAAAUGAGAAUACCUUCCUGGAUCUGACAGUUCAACAGAUUGAGGAUCUAAAUAAAUCAUACAAUACAGAUGUUCCUCUGGUACUAAUGAACUCCUUCAACACAAAUGAAGACACGAAAAAAAUCUUGCAAAAAUACAGCCAUAGUCGUGUGAAAAUUCACACUUUCAGUCAAAGCAGGUACCCACGAAUUAAUAAGGAGUCUUUACUACCAGUAGCAAAAGAUGUGUCUUAUACAGGAGAGAAUACAGAGGCUUGGUAUCCCCCAGGUCAUGGGGACAUCUAUGCAAGUUUCUAUAAUUCUGGAUUGCUGGAUACUCUUAUCGGUGAGGGGAAGGAGUAUAUUUUUGUGUCCAACAUAGAUAACCUUGGUGCCACUGUUGAUCUCUACAUUCUUAACCACCUUAUGAAUUCGCCAAAUGGAAAACGGUGUGAAUUUGUUAUGGAGGUCACCAAUAAAACAAGGGCAGAUGUUAAGGGUGGUACACUCACACAAUAUGAAAACAAACUGAGACUGGUAGAAAUAGCCCAAGUGCCAAAACCACAUGUUGAUGAAUUCAAAUCUGUUUCAAAAUUCAAAAUAUUCAACACUAACAACCUAUGGAUUUCAUUAACUGCAAUUAAACGGCUGCAAGAGCAGAAUUCUAUUGAUAUGGAAAUUAUUGUCAAUCCAAAGACUUUAGAUGGUGGUUUAAAUGUUAUUCAGCUGGAGACUGCUGUUGGUGCUGCUAUUAAAAGUUUUGAGAACUCAAUGGGAAUAAAUGUACCCCGUAGCCGCUUCCUGCCGGUCAAGACCACAUCUGAUCUUCUACUUGUUAUGUCUAACCUAUAUAGCCUUAAUGCUGGAUCUUUAACAAUGAGUGAGAAAAGGGAAUUCCCUACUGUUCCACUUGUCAAAUUGGGAAGCUCUUUCACUAAGGUUCAAGAUUACCUGAGGAGGUUUGAAAGUAUCCCGGAUAUGCUUGAAUUGGAUCAUCUGACUGUUUCUGGCGAUGUCACAUUUGGCAAAAACGUUGCAUUAAAGGGAACAGUCAUCAUUAUUGCAAACCACGGUGACAGGAUAGAUAUCCCACCAGGAGCAGUACUGGAGAACAAAAUAGUCUCUGGGAAUCUUCGGAUCCUGGACCACUGAGCUGAUAUGAACUGAUGCUGUUGUUGUUGGUAAUCUACUAGAACAGUUUCACAAAUGGAAGAGCCCAUAGGCAUUAGAUUUGUACACAGUACCUACAGUAUUAUUUUAAAGUAGUUUUUUCUGUACUUUCUCAAAUGAAAGAAUACUUAAGGAGAUUCAAAUCUUUAAAUUAUUCUGCUGUUCAAUUAAAUCUAAAGUGCAAUAUUGUUUGUCUUAAGGCAGGCAGCUCUUACGUAAGGAAUUUAACAUGCUGUUUAAUCAAUUUUGAAUUGCUUGUAACCGAAAAAAGUUGUGAAGCAAUAUGCUGUUAAAUAUUAAGUACAUCCACUUUAUGAAGUAUAAAUGACACCCACGAAAAACACCCAGAGUUUUGCUAUUAAAGCAAGUAAAGUGUUUAAAAUGUCUAAUACUUAACUGUUGACAUUGUUUUCUCCUAUAGUUAAUACGUCAAGCUAUACUACUCACAGCAGCUCUUCCUUUUCACAGAUAGUUCAAUACCUCACUUUUAUUAUGCUCUAAAGCUAGAGUUGUUGCUCUCCUUUACUUACCCAAAGAAAGACAGCUUGAAUGAAACAUUGGAAUGGGUACUUUGGUCACUCUCAUUACCUUACAUCUUCUAGCUUAUCUCUUAGCGGUUAAGAGUUCCAGUAUAUCUUUAAAUAUGGGACAGAUCAACUAUUCAGUGUACUCAUGUUCAUACAAAUUAAAUCAUGUGACAGUAUAAAUGUGGAAAGAAAUUCCACACCUCUACAGGUACUUAAAUAAAAAAAUAUAAAGCCCUC